UUUUGGUCCAUCUUAGGUGAAGAAAAUAAAAUGCUAAGCAACAGAGGUAGUUCAUACGUCAUUCUUCUAGUUCUCAUUUUACAAUGCCCUUAAACAGUUUCACAAGUUCGACCUCUUGAUAAAUCUUAAGUUUGUGUCUACCUUAAAUAUAUUGCUAUCUCAAGACUCGGCAUGUUUACAAAUGUUUAUCUUUUACUAUGUCAUACCUUUACAUUUACAACCUAGAUAUGGAAUCACAUUUUCAUGCAAAUAAAAGAUGAUCUCAACAAAUGUUUUUUCGACAUGAUUUCAGGGUAGAAUGCCACUAGAUACCAGUCAGACUCAAAUUGAGGUCAUUUACCAAUUCAUUGGUAUCUAUAUAGUGGGUUUACUCAGUUCUCUCUCAGCAGCUAUCUUCUACUUCAUCUACAUUUGGCUAUCGCAAAAGCCACAUUCUCUUCAACACUUCACAUUUUUUUGCAUAUCUGGAAGCUUCCACUGGAUCCCAUUCACCAUCAUUGCAUAUACCAUAGCGUUUUCCCAAGUCCCUUCAAACUCAAGUAACUUUGCUGUCUCAUUUACCUCCGCUUACAUGGCUCAUGGUGUGAUACUCAGUUUCUUCACAUGUGCUUUAACUCGGUUUCUCAAUAGCAAACAAGAAACAAAGCAGUCCCACUUGAAAGCAUGGCUUCGUCAUCGAAUUACCAUUGCCUGCCACCUUAGAUUUACGAAGCUCCUCUCUGGAACAGAAGCAUUCUGCAUGUACUUGCGCUUUUUGGGUGCAAAAAUAGGCAAUCAUUGUUCUAUUAGGGCCAUCAACCCAGUUUCAGACCCGCAACUGAUUUCAAUAGGCACAGGUGUCCAUCUUGGUGACUUCAGUCGGGUCAUUGCUGGCUUUUACUCCUCCAGCGGGUUCACUCAUGGGAAGAUUGAGGUGCAAGAUAACUCCGUUAUUGGGAGUCAAAGCCUGAUCCUCCCAGGUUCAAUUGUUCAAAAUGAUGUUAUUCUUGGUGCACUUUCAAUUGCUCCAAUGAAUACACUACUCCAAAAGGGUGGUGUCUACAUUGGAUCUCAAACUCCAAUCAUGAUUAAGAAUAAUGUGCAUGGUUUAGAUGAAAGGAUAGAAGAGAUGGACAUGAAAUACAAGAAAAUAGUUGGUAACCUGGCUGCUAAUUUGGCUGCCACAACUCUGAAGGUUAAAACAAGAUACUUCCAUCGAAUUGGUGUGGGUGGGAAGGGAUUCUUGAAAUUCUACGACAACAUUAAAGGUUUACCAAAUCACAAGAUCUUCUGCCCCGGAAAAAGCUACCCUGUUAUCGUUCGACAUAGCAAUAGUUUAAGUGCUGAUGAUGAUGCCAGGAUUGAUGCACGCGGUGCAGCAGUGCGAAUACUUCCAGAUAAAUUAGGCAUUGAUGCCCCACUCCUUGACCUAACAUUAAAAACAGGCAAGGCAUUUUAUGCUCGCACAAUAGCUGAUUUUGCAACAUGGCUAGUUUGUGGGCUUGCUGCCAGGGAGGAGCAUGUUAAGAGAGUCCCGCAUGUGCGUGAUGCAGUCUGGAAUUCCCUCCGCCAAGCUGAUUCAUUUGCAGAGCUACAUUACUACUCAAAUAUCUGCAGGCUCUUCCGGUUCACAGAUGGACAAGAAAUGUAUGUAAAAUUCAAGAUUCGGCCUUACGAUGUAACUAUCGAUGAAGACUCUGGUAAGGUGGAUCCUAUUGGAAUUCUCCCUCCUGAAACUGGUGCAAUUCCUAGAGAUGAAAAUGACACUCGUCCUUUACUUUUCCUCGCUGAAGAUUUCCAGUGCCGUGUGAGUUCGCCUAAUGGGGUCCGUUACAUUUUCCAACUACAAGUCCGGCCGGUUCCACAAGAUGAAGCCACUCGUGACAUUGCACUUGACUGCACCACACCAUGGGAUGAGGUCGCAUUCCCAUAUAUUGAUGUUGGGGAGAUUCAUAUUGAUCAAAAUCUCUCCAGGAAGGAGUCAGAAGAGCUGGAGUUCAACCCAUUUAUCAGAUGCCAUGAGGUGGAUGUCAUCAGGGCCUCAUCAUGCUCCCAAAGUGCUUCAAUUGACCAUGGUCGUUCACUGAUCUAUGAAAUUUGUCAGCAUUUGCGCAACGGUGAACCUCUUCCAGAGUCUUGGAGGAUCUUCCUAGAACAAUCUGAUGUCAAAGUAGACCUCUCUGGUUGUCCAAUGGCAGCAGCAAUGGAGAAGAAAGAAACAAAAACAAUAACCCUUGCCAGGACUUGGUAUCAAACUUUGUGGGCUAUUUUUGGUCAACCAUUACUACAGAUAGGUCUUCCUUAUUUCAUGAUGGGGAUGGUAAUCGUUGCUCCUCUGAGCUGGGUUAUGAACUUGAAGGAUGCCAAGAAAGUCCCACUGCAUUGGUUGCUUCCUUUCUUUUGGGUAUCUUCAGGGCUUUUGGCUGGAUUAGCGUGUGUUGUUGCAAAAUGGGUUCUCGUGGGAAAGAAGAAAGAAGGUGAAACAAUACUGAUUUGGAGUAAACGAGUCUUUAUGGACACCAUAUGGCAAGCCUUCAGAACUUUAGUCGGCGAUUAUUUCAUGGAAAUGACAAGUGGUUCUAUCUUGUUUUCCCUAUGGAUGAAGUUCAUGGGUUCACAUAUUGAUUUAGACCAAGGCACUUAUGUUGAUAGCAUGGGAGCUCUGCUGAAUCCAGAAAUGGUGGAGAUUCAGGGAGGUGGAUGCGUGGGAAAAGAAGCUUUAUUAUUUGGACAUAUAUAUGAAGGUGAAGGAGGGAAAGUAAAGUUUGGGAAAAUCAAGAUUGGAGAAGGUGGAUUUGUAGGGAGUAGAUCUGUUACCAUGCCUGGGGUGAUGGUGGAGAAUGGGGGCAGCCUUCCCGCUCUCUCCCUUGCCAUGAAAGAAGAAAUUAUUAAGUCAAGGUGAAGGGCCUGUUGCUCGUGAGUAUCAUCUUGAAUGAAACAAUAACUAGCAGUCCUUUCGUGCUUAUAACAUAUAGAUGUCUGGUUGGUCCUUUCAAUAAAAUACCAACAUUACAGAGAUUAUUAGACUAGAUAUGGAAACUCUCUCUCUCUCUCUCUCUCUCUCUAGCUCCUUCUCUGCAGUUGGACUGCGGGACAAAAUA